AUGAAACUAAUUGUACUUCUGGCAUUCGGAAUCUUCACUAUUUUCAGCUUUAUAGGAUAUAAUGUCAACAAUCACCAAAAUCAAAAUAGAAUUAGUAAAAAGUCCUCUGUGAAGCGAGACACAAAUCAUACAUUUGAUUUCAAUUCAAGAAAAGUUUUACAAUUGAAACCCUUAAGAAGAUUUCCAUCUGGAAAGAAUAAUAAAAAGUUUGUGGUUGAUUGGAAAAGAUUUGAGACACUUCAAAAUUUUGUUCGUCGAAGUGGACAAAUCAUUGGACAACUUGAAUUUAAAAACUACGAUAUCCUCGAAAAAACUACAGAUAUGUGGCAUCAUCGAUUGGUGAAAGCAGGUCAUUUCGAAGUUGACGGAUUUAAAAGAAUCCUGGAUCUUUUGGAUAACUGGCUCAUAAAUAAGUUCAGAUUGGACUGGAUUCAAAACGUUGGGAUCAAUGAAUUAGAUUACAAAAGUGGUUGUUUGGUAAUUGAAGACACUGAUCCAAAUGCUGUUUUUCAUUUUCAUGGUCUCCGUCAACUCCAUUACAACAGAGAAAACUUCGAACGAUCUACUCCUUUUGUUAUCAACUCCACAAACAUGGGAUGUCUCGAUGUUGACAAGAAAAUAGAAUUAUUCGAGAAAUUCGGAAUAGUUGCACUUCAAAUAUUGGAUUCGUGCCCUUAUUCCAGAAAAGUGUUGAUUAUUGAUGGAAGACAGCCAUUUGAUUAUGUCACUGAUAGAGAUGAUAUCAAAUUUCACUCUGGGGACACUCUUCUGUAUGCUAGAAUACGGUAUUUUAUUGAAGAAGAUCAUUUGAAGAAUCUGGAUAAAUGGUUUAUGGAAAUGGGAUAUCAUGAUGUGACAGAAGUUGGAGAAUUCACCAAAGACUUGGCGGUUCCAGAAGUUACUGUUAAUGGAUGUAUCUCUACUUUUUACCAUUUCCAUAUGCAAAACGAGCGAUUCGGAAUUAUAAAAAGCAUCCUACCUCUAUGUAUACUAUUCCUUUCGUCUACUUUCGAAAUAAUAGUGGUUGGGAUUGCUACAGAGAGAAGAUCCGUCAGCCUUCUACGUCGUUCAGUUGGCAAAUUUUCUGUAUCAUCAUCCCGUGAUUGUGAAUGCAAAAGAGAGUCAUCAGCUGUCCGAGUGGAUGCUACCAAUACGAAUUUGGAAAACAUUGAUCUUCCAAAGUUGACAAGAUCUGAAAAUUGUGAUCGUUUAGUUACUGUGUAUGGAGAGAAAAAUGCGUUGCCAAAAUAUUCAGAAUCUUCAUGGAUGGAGAUACUCGAUGAUGACCACAAAGAGGGAAUCAGCAAAAAACAUACGAUUCUGGAUAGAAUAGAGAGUGAAGAUCUCUUGUCUCGAUCGAGAUUUGUCACUGAAUACAAUAAAAUAGAGGAUAUCAUAUUUUUCUUGGAGAAUAGUGUGGAAAGAAACGAUGAGAGAAAAUGGAAUAAGCUAGUUACAAUCAGGAAGGAACUCAGAAAAGCAGCUUUGAAGGCGUUCGGUGAUGGAGAGUCAAUCUUAGUUGUUACCUGUUGUCUAAUGAAAAUUUUAUAUUUCUCCAACAAAAAAAACAAAACAAAACUUUAA